AUGUUCGGGUGGGGAAAACGACGCUCUAGCGCGGGCGCCCCGCCUGCAGCGGGCCCCCCUGUGCCCCCUUCUGAGAUCGAUAUGUCUUUCAUGGCCGAGUUGAAAGGGGCCGCUGAACAAAGUCUUAGAAGAACUCAAGACGAAUGCAGGCGCCUUGCUGGAGACUUUAUGGAUGCCAUUUCAGGUGUAUAUGCCCCUAAAUCGUUGCUCAAUGACGCAUCGACCACACGAAUACCCGCGACAAGAAUAAACUACAUUGCUUGUGUAGAUGCGUUCUGGUGGUUGUGUGUACCGGGGUGCGUUUGUGUAUGUUUCUGGUGUACACGGGUGAGUCAUGAGCUCGGGUGGGGGGCCAGCGCAGCUUGCCGCUGCUCCUUUUGUUGCUAUUGUGCUCGAUUUCACGGAUUCUAUAAGCAGCGCGGUUUUCUGCAUUGCCACUGUUUUUUUGCCUGUUCAGCGCGGGCAGACCUCCUCGGCCGCUUCAAGCACAUGUGGCCCGAUCCAGACACUCAGCAAUCGGUACUGCUGGUGCUGGCAGCCGACGUUCCCCGACGUCUCUCUCCCUUAGACGAUGAAAUGCAGGAGACUUUGGGAGCCGCGGAACUGUUGGGGCCGUGCGUUCCUUGGCUAGGAUUUGUACAGAAGGAAAAUGGAUUUGCUUGCAUCAAGCUGAAACUGCCUGGUGCAUCAAGUUGUGCCACAUUGACUACACGGGAGAAACCAGCAGAGCUUCGCUUCGGUUUCUAG